AAGCUUAAGCUGUAAUUCGUUUUAUGAUAGGUCGCGAGUGGAAAGUACCUCCUCGGAAACCCCCUUCGGCAUUUCCUUAUUGACAUCAAUAUCGAUGUCGUGUUGGACUCGUUUAAAUCCUACGCUGUGUUUUUUUGCUCUCACGUCUAUGUGUGCGCUCGGAGAAAGAGGCUGUGCGUGAUGUUUGACGGCGUCAUGGAGCUCUAAGGCUACAGCAGGAGCAGCAGCAGGCGGACAAACCGGAGCAUCUUAUGGGCUUUGUUUAACGGAUCCCGACAUAUUGUACAGAGCUUAACUGGUUUCCCCGCUCCUUUCCUGAGAGAACACAAUGUCACAGGGCCAAAACUUCCUGCCCAAGUUCCUGUUUGUGAGUAACCUCCUGAAGGCCAUGAAGAUCCGUGAGCGAGUUCCUCAUGAUGUCGUAAAACCAUCAGCUAGUGGUGGUCUGCUUCACCAUCUUCGUGGAAUGCACCGCUACACGCUGGAAAUGAUCCGGAUGAGCCAGUUCCCGCAGGCCUUCCGUGAGAUCAUCCAGUCGGCCAUCUUGGACCGGGCUAUGCAGACCUCACUGGAGCAGGAGAAGAGGCUCAACUGGUGCUAUGAAGUCAAGAAGCUGGUGCCACUCCGAACAAAUGGUGAUGGAAAUUGCCUGCUUCAUGCAGCUUCACAGUACAUGCUGGGUGUGCAGGACACAGACCUGGUCCUGCGGAAAACCCUUUACGCCGUGCUCAAAGAGACAGACACGAGCAAUUUCAGGGCACGCUUUCAAACAGAGCUGCUACACUCCCAGGAGUUCACCCAGACCGGCCUGCGCUACAGCACCAAGAACUGGGAAGAGGAAUGGGAGAAGAUAGUUGAUAUGGCAUCUCCUGUGACCAGCAGCAACGGCCUACAGUUUGACUCCCUGGAAGACAUCCACAUCUUUGUGCUGUCAAAUAUCCUGCGCAGGCCAAUUAUUGUAAUUGCAGAUCAAGUGCUGAGAAGUAUGAAGUCUGGUUCCUCUUUUUCCCCCCUCAAUGUAGGAGGCAUUUACUUGCCUCUUCACUGGCCUCCAGGAGAGUGCUACAAAUAUCCCAUAGUGCUCGGCUAUGACUCGCAACACUUUGCACCCUUAAUCACAAUCAAAGACAGUGGCCCAGAAUUUCGAGCCCUACCGUUGAUUAAUUCAGGAAGGGGAGGCUUUGAGGAACUGCGCAUUCACUUCUUGACAGAAAAGGAGCAGCAACAAAAAGAGCGGCUGUUAAAUGAAUAUCUGAUGCUCAUGGAGAUCCCAGUCAUAGGCGUGGGUUAUGAACCCACAAAGAUUAUCAGGGCAGCCCGCCUUGAUGAGGGCAAUCUGCCUGAAGACAUGAACCUGAUGGAAGACUACAUGCAGCUGGUGAAUCAUGAGUACAAGCGGUGGCAGGAGGACAAAGAUGCACUGUGGGCACCCACAUCGCAGCAGGCACCACCACCCUUCUCUGUCUCACAGUUGUCACUGAUAGAGAUUCGCUGUGCCACACCACGCUGCACCUUCUACGUCUCGGUGGACACACAGCCGCACUGCCACCAGUGCUUUGAAAAGCGGCGUGCCAGCGGUAAGCACGAGGCUGUCGCCAGCCGUCCCAAUCGGACCAACCACGUCAACGGACCAUCCGAGCCAACGAUCCCGAGCCCUCGCUCAGCACCACCGACUGCACCCAGCCUGAGCCUGUACAGUGAGACACAUGCCAUGAAGUGCAAGACACCUGACUGUCUGUUCACGCUCAGUGUAGAGCAUGAUGGCUUGUGCGAACGCUGCUUCAAUGCCCGUCAGGCAGGUAACGGGCAGCCCCAAGGCCCUGCCCAUGGCUGGGGACACGCUCAGUGGGGCCCAGGCACCAGAGAUCGGGAAAAAAAUAGAGAAAAAGAUGCAGAGCAAUGUAGUGCAUGUCGGCAGGAAGCCUCUCGGACAUUCAAUGGCCUUUGUCCACCCUGCAUGCAGAGAAGUGCUGUUGACCAGCAGCAGGAGCCCAGAAUGGACAUGCCAGCAUGGGUGCCAUCCAGAGAGCCAGAGCGUCCUGGUACCACUGGGCACACAUGGCACACACAGACAGCGCGCCAGUGCAAACGCUCAGGCUGCCAAUUCUUUGGCACUGCCGAGAAGUUAGGAUUCUGUACCAUUUGUUAUGUGGACUAUCAGACCAAUCACCAGGGAGCUCCAGCAGUGGUGCAGCCCAGAAAUACAUCAGAGGCAGGUUUUCAGAACGUACGGUGUCGUGGGCAGGGCUGUGGCGCUAUGGGCAAAGCCAUGCUCGAGGGCUACUGCAACAAGUGCUACGUGAAGGAGCAGAGCACCAGAUUUAAUGAAGCUGCUAGCAGAGGCUCCACUUCUCCUCCAGUCUUGCGAGCGCCCAAAUCACGUCCAAUGGCGACACUCAGCCAGACCCACUGCAGACGCAGCGGCUGUAAGAAUGUAUCACCUGGCUGCACGGACUUGUGCCCGGACUGCAUGAAUCGUGGAGGGCAGCGUGAGGGUCGUCGUGCCCACGCGCCAAAAGAGAAGAGCAAGCAGCGUUGCAGGACACAAGGCUGUGAUCAUUAUGCCAACCAGGAAAAACAAGGCUACUGCAAUGAGUGUGACCACUUCAAGCAGAUAUACCGGGGCUGACGCAACCAACUUCCUUUUUCCAAAGAGGGGACUAGAAUCUUUGCACACAUAUGUGUGCGAAUCCUCUCCUAUGCGGAUUUCCCACAGCUAACUGAGCCACCUGUUUUUGGGUGCCAGCAGCAGUGUAACACUGGCGAUUUACCUCUCAAGCAAAGUUUUGAACAUUUUUCUAUGUGAAUAAGAUAGAGAUGGGGCUGUUGAUAUAAAGAAACUGAUGAUACACUGGCAUCCAGUUGCGUACAUCUGUGCUAUCUGUGAUUUAUAUCAAACAGGGUAAUAAGAUUGUAAUCAGUUUGUACAUUGCUGAAAAAAAAUUGAGGAGGGGAGGGGGAGCAUCUUCAAAAUAUUUCUUUCCAAUUGUGAAUUAAACA